AUGGAUUUCUCUGAUCUGCUUUUGGCUAACUCUAGUUGCGAGGGGGGAGAAUGCGAGUUAUUGGCCUUCAACUUCACCCUCGGAGAUUCCAGCGACGAUUUUGCCAGUCGCCAAAUUUCUGCAGAGCAAUCACUUGUGUUUAAAUACGGGCGUCUAUUUUACGCCUAUUUCACCCCGGCGAUAAUAGUCAUAGGCCUAUGCGGGAACAGUCUCUCUUUCAACGUUUUCAUAAGUCGGAGCAUGCGCGGUCUGUCUGCAAGCCAGUACCUGGCGGCGCUCUCAAUCUCGGACAUUCUCGUUCUGGUGGUGUACGUGUUCUUGGACUGGACUACACGUGGCCUUCCGUUCCUCCCACGGAACAUCAAACUGGAUAUUCUGGCUAUGAACGGGGUAUGCCACAUGUUUCUGUACUUUUCAUAUUCCCUGCGGUUCAUAUCGGUCUGGCUUAUCGUCGCCUUCACCAUAGAACGCUACAUCGGCGUCUGUCUGCCAUUGAAGAAAAUCAAGAUUUGCAGCCGGGCAUAUGCACGGCGUACCAUUCUAACCUACACGGCUGUUGGCAUGGUGAUCAGCCUGUACAAGCCUAUUUUGAGCGGCGUCUACGCCAAGGAGGAGGUCGGUGUCAAGGUGUGUACCUUUAAUCCAGAGUACGAGUUUGUUUCCAACGUCCUGGAUGCAGUGUUUGGCCUCGCCAUCACUCUGGUGCCGUUCCUUAUUAUAGCUGUGCUCAAUGUCAUCAUGGUGCACAAACUGCGCAUGCGUAGCAAGAGGAAUAAGAACGGUAUGCGCGUCCACUGCGUGGUGAAGGAGAAUAAGCUGAGACUGGAGAUGACGCUGAUUCUCAUCGGCCUUUCUACCUGCUUCAUUGCCCUCAACUUGCCUUACUUCGCGGUCUGGUGCUUCAGCAGGUACCAGACACUCAACGGGAGCUCCAACAGCCUCGCCGACCUGGUGACCACGCGAGGAGUCCUUUACAUCACGAGGACCAUCUUCUACAUCAACUACUGCAGCAAUUUUUUCCUGUACAGCAUCACCGGGGCGUGCUUUCGAAAAGAGCUGCUUGAUCUCUUUCGCUACCAUCGGCUUCUCAAGCGCAGAAGUUUUGAGCAAGAGACGAGGAAGUAUUCCCCGAUUUUGAAGCGACCGUCCACGGAGUCGUCGCUGUAA